AUGGGUCAUUUUGGCAUGUUCAAAGCAAGCAAGUACCGCAACCUCCUCGGGACGACGGCCCCGCGCGCCGAGUGGUACGAGGAGCUGCAGCUGGACGCGGGCCGCCUCGACCUGUACCCGCUGACGGCGUCGACGACGACGCUCGCGUUCGCGUCCCAGUACAACGCCGGCGCGGUCAUCGAGGUCAAGGAACUGGGCCAUGUUGGCAAGGCCAACGCGCAGUCGGCGCCGGUGCGGCUCCUGCGCGGCCACACGCAGCGCGUCAACGCGAUCGCCUUCUCGCCCUUCCAUGCGUCUCUCUUGGCCUCGGGCGGCGACGAUGGUCUGCUCAAGCUCUGGCACCUCGCCGAGGAUACCUGCGCGUGGACCAGCGACAGCUUCAAUGAGAAGAUCCUCUCGAUUGCGUUUCACCCGUCGGCGAAAGACGUCCUUCACGUCGCGACCUCGACCGGACUGCACCUUAUGUACCUCGACACGUCGACGUCGACGGCCAUCGGCGUCCAUCCCAAUACAAUCACGGGGACCACAUGGAACGACGACGGGAGCCUUGUGCUGUCCGUGUGCCAAGACAAUAUGGUGCGUGGCUGGGACCCUCGGACGGCGCAUGAAGCGCUCGCUGCGCCCAUGCACCAAGGUCGCAAGGCCGCGAGCAUCGCGUUCGCCUAUGACACGUACUGCGUCACGGCCGGGUUCAGCAAGCUCCAGGAACGCGAACUCUUUCUGUGGGAUUGGCGGUCGAUGACCAAGCCCAUCGGGCGAGAGCGUGUCGACACGAGCACGGGCGUCUUGGCGCCGAUGGUCGAUCCGGAUACCAAGCUGCUCUUCCUCGGUGGCCGCGGCGACCGCAGUGUCAAGGCGUACGAGAUCCAGCCAAAGCACCCGAUCUUUGCUCCGUUGCAAACCACCGCGGUCGCGACGUCGACGUGGGGGCUCACGCGCCUGCCCAAGCACGCUUGCGACACGAGCGUGUGCGAAGUGGCGCGCGUGCUGAGCCUCGGCGCUGGCACGAUCGAACCGAUCCUGUACACCGUGCCUCGAAAGGAAGCCGCGAGUGUGUUUCAGGCCGAUUUGUACCCCGACACGCGCGGGCCAACGCCGGCGCUCUCGGCUGCGCAGUGGCGCGACGGAACCACGGCACCGCCACUCUUGGAACCCGUGCGCCCGACAUUAUUGGCGUCGGUUAUGUCGGCACCGGCGGCGGCGACGACGACGAGUGCUGUAUCGGGGUGGAGCACGGGCCAUGGGGCGCCACCGGCAGCCGCCGGAUCCGCACCGGCACCGACAGCGUCGGUAUCUGCCGCGCCGUCGGGCUGGGACAAUAUGCCGAUGCGUCGACUCGAGCCAGAAACCUCGACGCGUACCCAGGGGACAGCAACGCCAACGCCGACCACCGAGACGACACCGGUUGCACCGACCCCGACGACGAAAACACCGACACCAAGCGCAGGGACACCGACGCAGUGGGCACCACCCGUGACGGCAUCGGCGCCUGCGCCGCCACCGGCCGCGUCGGCGUGGAAGUCGGCGACCGGGUGGGGGCAUGUGCCGGAAACGGUGAUUCUGUCGACGCCGGCGCCACCGCCGUCGACCACGACCGAGCUCUCGGAGAAGGCCAAGCGUCUCGGCGCGCUUCAGGGCCACAAGCUCAAGUAUUUGACGGGGCGUCCGGACGCGCGGUCCGAGUCCUUUUUGAAUGUCGCUGGCGACGGCAACGCGCUUGCGACCAACGGCGUCGUGUGGGCCGCGUCGGUGCCCGGCACGGGUGGUUCUAUCCACGUCCAUCCUUUGGAUCGAAAGGGCAAGGUGACGGCGCCCCGCGUGCUCCAACAACACAAGGCGUCCGUGACCGACCUCGCGUUCGCGCCGUUUGCAUCCCAUGUGCUCGCAUCGGCAUCGGACGAUGCAACGAUCAACCUAUGGGAUACGACCAGGGAUGCGUGCGUGGGGACACUCGUGGGCCAUGAAAAGGGCGUGCGCUGCCUGAGCUUUCACCCGACGGCGGCGAAUGUGCUGGCGUCUGGUGCGCUCGACGCGACCGUUCGGCUCUGGGACGUCGAGACAGGCGUCGUCCAUCAAACCAUCGACAAGUUUGACGAAGCGCCGUUCAAUGUCUCCUUCAAUGCGGAUGGGUCCCUCUUUGCGACCAUUACGCGCGACAAGGUUCUCCGCGUCAUCGACCCGCGGCUGAACCAAACGGUCGGCAUGGCUUGUGCCCAUGCGGGCAGCAAGGCCCAGCGUGUGACGUGGUGUACGCAGCAAGCAUCGUCGCUCUUGUUUACGGUCGGGUUUAGCGCGCGGAGUGAGCGCCAGAUUUGUCUCUGGGACGCGCGCAACCUCCUGGAUCCGGUCGUGACCACCACCAUUGAUACGUCUGGAAGUGCGUUGCUGCCACUCUACGAUAGCAGUUCGCAUGUCAUGUACCUUGUCGGGCGUGGCGACCGCACCGUGUUGUGCUAUGAGAUUGACACGGUCCAGCCCGCGCUAUUACCGUGCUCGAUCUACUCGUUCAACGGACCGUCCAUCUCGGCGGCGACCUUCUUGCCCAAGCAACACUGCAACGUGCAGGACGUCGAAGUGUCUCGGAUGCUACUGCUGACGUCGGGCGCGACGAUCGAGCCCGUGGCGUUCGUCUUGCCGCGCGCCGAGAAGCUCAGAGCUUAUUUUCAAGACGACGUGUAUGGCCCUGUGCCAUCGAAUGAAGCCAGUGUCUCGGCGGCCGAUUGGUUCCUCGGGGCACCCGCGCCGCCGAAGUACACGUCGUUGCAGCCCGCCGGCAUGCUCAAGCUCAGCGAGAAGCCGCCCGAGGCCGUCGUGAUUCCUAAAGUCGUCAACUUUCAAGCGCAGAAAGAACGCGAGCUCCAGGAACAGAGAGACCGGGACGCCAAGUUUGAACGCCUCCACUCGCUCGCGUACCAGCCGUCGCUGCAUGCGAAUGCGACGCAGAGAACGACCGAUGCCGACAGCGACGACGACGGCUGGGACGACUAG